GUGUGUGUGUGUGUGUGUGCAUGUGUGUGUGUGUCAGCAGCAUGGCAUAGCCCAGCCUUGUGAGGAUGGCAAGACUCCGAGUUAAGGGACGUGCUCAGAGUGAAUAAAUCAUGCUAAUUGUUUUGGUAAGACUGUGAAUGUUAGUCCCAAGAUGAAGGCACAGAAGGAGGCUUUCUCUUGGGCAUCGACUGUUUUUGCUGCUCCUCUCCUCCUGAUCCUUGCAGUUCUGAUUCAUUCAGCAUGUGUUCAGGGAGUGAACAUCACCAGUCUUGACACCCUAAUCAGAGGGACAGUGGGUGGAGAAGCUCUGCUCUCGGUCCGCUACUCAAGCACCAGUCUGGACCCUCCUGUUAUCAAAUGGCAAUUGAAGAGGGACAAACCUGUUACAGUGGUCCAGUCCAUCGGUACGGAGAUCAUUGGUAACCUGCGACCAGAAUACAGAGACCGUAUCCUUGUUUUUGAGAAUGGGACGCUGCUGCUCCAUAACCUCAGGCUGUCUGAUGAGGGCACUUAUGAAGUAGAGAUCUCCAUCACGGAUGACACCUUCACUGGAGAAAGCAGCAUCGAUCUGACGGUGGAUGAGCCAAUCUCUAAGCCACAAGUCAACAUGGUCACCUCCACUGUGGUGGAACUGACGGAGAAUUUCACACUAAACUGCACCCAUGAAACAGGCACUAAGGCCACCUACAGCUGGGCAAAAGGUGGUCAUCCAUUACUAAACGAGACCCGUCUUCUGCUGUCCCGGGAUCAGAAGGUCCUGACCAUCACACGUGUUCAGAUUGUUGAUGAUGAUGUCUACAGCUGUAUGGUGGAGAACCCCAUUAGUAGCAUGAGAAGUCCACUAGUCAGACUCACCGUUUACAAAAGAAGCUCUCUUUAUAUCAUAUUGUCUACAGUUGGCAUCUUCGUCCUUGUCAUUCUUGUAACUGUGUGUGCUUGCUGGAAGCCAUCAAAGAAAUCAAAAAGACAGAAGUCCAAAACUAUUAAACCAAGAUCUAUUCAACAAAACCAUCACAUCAGGUAUCAAGACGUCAAGCCAGAGGAUGAUGCCAUCCCAAUAAUGAUUGAUCAUGAGCUCAGGAAUCCUGUAUCACUUUACAUCCUAAAAGAGAAGGAUUCUCCUCCUGGCGAACCAGCGUCAUUGUGUGAAACAUGCACCUCCAUCAGCAGCAGCCCUCCAAGCUACAGCAGCUCAAUACCUCCUCCAUCCGACUCGCUUGAGCUGCCAGCGCGCUCCUCUCGCAGAUACCCUCGCACCUCCACUAAAUCUCCACCGCACCAUCGCCGGAGGAAGGUACACAGUCAGAGCCCACCAGCCUCCUCCUCAACUCGCAGCCGAGAGUCCGGUCGGGCCUCUCAGCGCCCUGCGUCAUCAUCUCCAGCCAGGAUACCUAGGGAUCUAUCCACCCCUCCACAGGAACCCAGAGGCUUCCCAAAAACAUAAAUGAUAGCACUGACCACUUUUGCAGAGCCCAUGCACAUGCUGCAAAAAGACAGAUACUCUUUUCACCUCCACAAAUACUUUUGCCUUAAUGUAUGUAAAUUUGUAAAGACAUAUAUAUGUUUAUGCUCCAAAACUCUGCAUUUCAAACUUGUUUAGCUUUAUCAUGUUAAAGGGAUGAAAAAAAGAAGAACAUUUUGCCAUUAACUGACCAUCAUGUCAUUCCAAACCUGUAAGAUCUUCGUUCAUCUUCGGAACACACAUUAAGAUAUUUUUGAUGAAAUCCGAGAGCUCUCUGACCCUCCAUAGACAGCAAGAAAGGUAGUAAGGCUAUCAUUAAAAUAGACCAUGUGACAUCAGUGGUUCAACUGUAAUGUUAUGAAUCUAUAAAAGUAUUUUUGUCAGAAAAGGAAACAAAUAUAACGACUUUAUGAAAAAAAAAUCUUCUUUUCUGUGUCAGUGUUCGACACAAAUAAAUGGUGGCGGAGACUGACCGGAAGAGAAGAACUAGAGUUAGCAGGUUAACUCUAAAUUAACUCAUUACUUUUAUUUUCCUUGCACACAAAAGGUAUUCUUGUAACUUACAUCUGCUGUCUAUGAAGGGCCAGGUUUCAGGUGUUAUCAACAAUAUCUUAAUUUGUGUUGUCUUACUGGUUUGGAACAACGUGAGGAUGAAUAAUGACAACAUUUUCAUUUUGGGUGAACUAUCCCUUUAAUACACUUUUACAAAGCACAUUGUGAAAUGUUUAGUGGAUUUAACACGCUAGGAUAGUUUCGCUGUCAGAGAUGUCUGGGUACGUCAAUGUGAUUGCGCUGGCUUGACAAAGCCUUUAAGCUAAAUCCACCAAUUUGGCACAGUCCUACAGAUUAUUUAUAGUUGAAUUAUAUUUGUUUAAUUACAACUAUGGGCUUUUCAUUACCAAUUUGACAUUAUCAAACGUGCGGUGGAGGGGGGAUAAAAAAAGUAUUUGAUUACAUGCUUUGCACAACUACUAUAAUAGACAUAUAAUAACAAUAACAAAUAAAAAUAUACAAAAAUACAAAAGUUUUAGUUAUUUUAUUACAUCAAGUUUAAGGUAAGGUAGCAUGUGUCUGCGCUACUAGUGUCAUCUGGCAGAACUACAAAAUAAAGCAAGUUUUCAAACAGCUUUAGCAAACAUCCCUUUCGCGCAUCACAACUCAGACAUCGCAAAUAAUUCAAUUACGGGUCUAUAAAAGUAAAGGCAUGUCUCAACAAAUAAAAGCAGGCUAUUUUCAACAAAAAUGUCAACAUAUUAGGAAUAUUUUUUUAACUUAACAUUUAGCUUACCUUCUAAUACCAGUAUACAGUAUAUUGUUCAACCAGUAUUCUAUAUCCUUUUUGGGGGAAAAAAAACUUCUGAAUAUAGCAACCAAUUAGCAGAAUACUCUACUGUAAUUGCAUAACAACCAUUCAGUACACCCUAACCAACAUUUUUUUUUUUUUUUUUUAUGUUUAUGCCUGUAAAUAUACUGACAUACAGUAUAGAGUGAAUAUAAAAAUGCAGAUGCAAAUGCAUCUCUGUACUGUAUGUCAGUACAUUUACAUGCAUUAACAUAAAAAAAAUGGGGGGUAAAUUUACUUUUUUUUUUUUUUUUUUUUUUUACGCCUGCCGUAGAAACUGUUCAAAUAACUUAGCACCCAGAAGACCACAACACAAUAGCAAUUUAGUUUGACCCAACUUUUUGAUUUAAAAAAAUUAACCCAUCAAUUGAGUUAGUCCAUAUUUGACCCAAAUGUGAGAUUAAACAACCCUGUUGUAUACUUCAGGACACUUUGUCAAGCCAACAGUGAAUGUUUGUAUUUCCUUUUCUAGUUUUUCCAUUUCCUGUUUUUAUUUUGGUGAAUGUAAAUCACAAGUUCAGUUGAUCUGU